CAAAUUUAUCCAGUCGGUUUCAACGUAAUAAGUUACCAUAAAAUGUUGUGAAAAUGCCGCAAUCUGUUUUCAUCUUGUUUGAACAUGCCUCUGGGUAUGGCUUGUUCCGGGUUAAGGAAUUUGAGGAGGUGGCCACCUUUAUCCCUGAAGUGGAGAAGAGCAUUGUUGAUGUCAGCAAAUUCCAGUCCAUUGUGAAACUAGUGGCAUUUGCACCAUUCAAAAGUGGCACCAAUGCCCUUGACAAUAUGAACAGUAUCUCAGAAGGAAUCGUUCAUGAGGACCUACAUGUAUUCCUUGAGUCCAAUGUACCCAAGGGAGGAAAGAAAGACAAAGUAGUUGUUGGAGUGUCUGAUUCAAAAAUUGGAGCUGCUAUCACUGAAGAACUUGGGAUUAAAUGCAGUCAUAUAGGGGUGGCUCCUGAAGUGAUCCGAGGGAUCAGACAUCACUUUCCAAACAUGGUAAAGGGUCUGACAGAAGUUUCAUCAGGUAAAGCACAGCUUGGAUUGGGUCACAGUUACUCCAGGGCAAAAGUCAAGUUCAAUGUCAAUCGGGCCGAUAACAUGAUUAUCCAGAGCAUCAGUUUAAUGGACCAACUAGACAAAAAUAUCAACACAUUCUCCAUGAGGAUUAGGGAGUGGUACUCAUAUCAUUUCCCAGAACUGGUGAAAAUAAUCACAGACAAUUACUUGUAUGCCAAAGUUGUCCAGUUCAUUGGAAACAGAAAAGAGUUCACUGUGGACUCCCUGGAACAACUGGAGGAACUAGUGAUGGACAGCGGCAAGGCUCAGGCCAUCCUCGAGGCCAGUCGCUCCUCCAUGGGAAUGGAUAUCUCCCCCAUUGAUCUGAUGAACAUUGAGGCCUUUACUGCUAAGGUGAUUUCUCUGACAGAAUACAGGAGAGGACUUGCAAACUAUCUCCGCAGCAAGAUGACGCAGGUGGCUCCCAAUCUUGGGACACUUAUUGGUGACCAGGUUGGGGCACGUCUGAUUGCUCAUGCUGGCAGUUUAACAAAUCUGGCCAAAUAUCCAGCAUCUACAGUGCAGAUUUUGGGAGCUGAAAAGGCAUUGUUUAGGGCCAUUAAAACCAAGGGAAAUACUCCCAAGUAUGGACUUAUCUUUCACUCCACUUUCAUCGGUCGAGCUGGAGCCAAAAACAAGGGGAGGAUAUCCAGAUACCUGGCCAAUAAGUGUUCCAUUGCAUCACGAAUCGAUUGCUUCUCAGAAUUUCCCACUCAUAUUUUUGGGGAUCACCUUAAACAGCAGGUAGAGGAUCGCCUUAAAUUCCUUGAUACUGGGGAAGCUCCACAGAAAAACAUUGAUGUCAUGAAAGAAGCUGCACAAGAGGCAUCUGUUAUUCAAGCGAAAAUGGCAAAGAAAGAAAAGAAGAAAAAGAAGAAAGAAAAGAGAAAAUCAUCUGCAGACGAUACCUUAGAUACAACACAGGAAGCAGACACUACACAGGAAAUGGACGUAUCUCAGGAGGAACCAAAAAAGAAAAAGAAAAAACGGAAGUCAGAGGCAGAGAGUAUGAAUACUACCCAAGAGCUAGACACCACACAGGAAGAAGAACCACCCAAGAAGAAAAAGAAGAAGCCAAAGGUGGAGGCCGAGGAGGAGGAGGAAGAAGAGCUGCAGAAGAAGAAGAAAAAGAAGAAGAACAAGUAGUGAUUUCAUGAAAUAGGGUUUCCUGUAAAAUUAGGAAAAUUUUAAAUAAAGUUUAAAGUAAGGAACUGUCUUAAAGGAUGAGCUGUUUUAGCAAUAGUAAUGAAAUGGAUGCAUUCCAUAUGGUAUAUUAAACUAUCUUAUUCUACAGUUACAUAAGAAUUGCCAAGUAUUGUGGCUUGCUUGAAUAUUGGUAGGAAAAAAAAGAAAGAAGAAAAAUCCCUAAAUUUUUGUCUUGUAUCAGAGGAGGCACUGGUAUAGGUUUGUACAUAAAAAGCCCAUUAAAAGUUCUUUAAAAUGUUUAUAAGGUUCAUUUCUAUUUGUACUGUUCGAGAGAUGGAAAAUUUUGGGACAGUGGUCGAAUAACUUAAGAUCAGGACAUAGUAUGCUUAAAAUCACCCAAUGUAAAGUGUCACCUUAUUGAAUUUUAAGUAAAUAGGUUACAUAUAUGUGUUCUUCAUAGAAUGUUGUGGUUUCAUCAAUUUUCGUUGAUGUGAAAUUUUGUGGAAAUCUACUUUAUAAACAGAAUUGUAAACAUUGAUCAGUUUACUUCCUGGUCUGGGACAGCCACUAAAACAAUGGGUACUAGUAUGAUUAAACCUCGGUACAUAAUGUUGACAUUUUUUAAGGAAUUUAUUUCAUUGAUAAUAUGAUUUCACACUUUACAUUUAUUACAUUAACAUCAAGAUGCAUCAAUAUGUAAAUGAUUUGAACAAUAAAUUCAUGAGAAUAUGCUC